AUGAUGAGCAGCUACCCGGACGGCGAGGAGGACACGGUGGCACUGCUGGCUCAUGACACCGGAGGCAGCAAGGAGCCGGAGCGGGUCAAGGAGGAGCUGAGCGCCGACAAGGGCCCCGAGAAGCCGGACCCCUCGCAGAAGCCCCCCUACUCCUAUGUGGCCCUGAUCGCCAUGGCCAUCCGGGAGAGCGCGGAGAAGAGGCUCACGCUGUCCGGGAUCUACCAGUACAUCAUCAGCAAGUUCCCUUUCUACGAGAAGAACAAGAAGGGCUGGCAGAACAGCAUCCGCCACAACCUCAGCCUCAACGAGUGCUUCAUCAAGGUGCCCCGGGAGGGCGGCGGCGAGCGCAAGGGCAACUACUGGACCCUGGACCCCGCCUGCGAGGACAUGUUCGAGAAGGGCAACUACCGCAGGAGACGAAGGAUGAAGCGGCCCUUCCGGCCGCCCCCGACCCACUUCCAGCCCGGCAAGACCCUCUUCAGCCCCGACAGCUACGGCUACCUCUCCCCGCCUAAAUACUUGCAGUCCACCUUCAUGAACAACUCGUGGCCGCUGGCGCAGCCCCCUGCGCCCAUGCCCUACACCUCCUGCCAAAUGUCUGGCGGGAACGUCAGCCCCGUCAAUGUGAAAGGACUCUCGGGCCCGGCGUCCUACAGCCCCUACUCGCGGGUGCAGAGCAUGGCUCUACCCGGUAUGGUGAACUCCUACAACGGCAUGGGCCACCACCACCACCCGCAUGCCCACCAUCACCAGCAGCUCAGCCCGGCCAGCCCCGCGCCGCCCGCGGCCCCGGCGGCGAACGGAGCCGGCCUUCAGUUCGCCUGCGCCCGCCAGCCCACCGAGCUGUCCAUGAUGCACUGUUCCUACUGGGAGCACGACAGCAAACACAGCGCCCUGCAUUCCCGCAUAGACAUCUAG